AUGGAUGUGACCCAGCAUCAACCGGGCCGACGGCGCCAUGUUUUCUAUGGUUUCUGGGGUUUCUCAACACUAUUUCUGGUUCUUGGACUGUCCACGGUUCUCAUCAUUGGGCUGCUAGUUCAACUGCUCAACCAAGAUCUGAUAAGCACAACCGAUAUGAUGCAGAGCACGCUGUCCAGCGCGGCCAGUCUCACAGCUAUAUUACUUGCCAGGCUGGGCCUUUCACAUGCCUCAAACGCACCAGAGUCGCUCGAAAGUGAAGACUUUGAGAUCGACCUGUCUUGGUAUCCCCCAAAACCAUCUUCGAUAACCAACCUCACCACCGUCUUCAACAGCACCGGCGUCUGGGGAUUCAUCUUCAACACCUCCCACACCCCAGACUCCCAGUAUGGCACCUACAACUGGUGCAACAUGCCUCAUGUCCGGGCAAAGGAAUAUCCCAGGCCACCCUCAGAAUAUGAACUCCUCUACGUCGAAGUAAUCCACCGCCACCACCUCCGCACCCCAUACUCAUCCAACUCCUUCCCUGUUGAACCUCACCCCUGGAACUGCAAUAACAUCGCCAUCUACUCUUACUCCUCCCCUCUCACCCCUGGAUCACCCCCCUCCAUCCCAGGAUACCACUCCCCUUUCACCUCCCCCCUCAACCCCUUCCCCCCAUCUCCCCUCGGUCUCCAAGGCACCUGCAACUUUCCCCAAAUCACAACCCAAGGCCUCUCCGACUCUUACCAGCACGGCCUCGACCUGCUAUCAGUCUACUCCCCCCUCAUCUCACCAACUUCAGCCGAGUUCCGCAUAACCAACAACCCCAUCACCUCCCAAGUCGCCGGCGCACUGAUAUCCGCCCUCCUACCACCCAAAACCACCACCACCACCCCCCUCCUCAUCCAAAACAAAGAAAUCGACUCCCUCGAGCCCAAAUACCCCUGCCCCCUCUCCCACCACCUCUUUUCCCAAAUCCAAUCCACUCCCCAAUGGAAAUCCCACCUGCAGCUAUCAAAAGAGAUCCUCACCCAACUAGACAUCAUAAGCGGCGUCCCCCCCUCCGAUACCAGUUUCCACAUCAGUUUCGACCACUACUUCGACAACCUCUCCUCCAAACAAUGCCACUCCCGUCCCCUCCCUUGCUCAGUCCACUCCCCCCACAACAACAAAUGCAUCCCCCAACACCUAGCCGACACCGUCUACCGCCUAGGUCAGUGGGAGUACCACCACACCUACCGUUCCUCCAAACAAUCCCUCCAAGCCUCAGUCGCAAGCUACGGGGUGUGGAUCGCCGAACUAUUGUCACAUAUCUCAUCCGUGACAAAAGAAGAGACAAAAGUGAGAUAUCGACACAACAUUGCCCACGACGGGUCAAUUUCCCGACUGUUGGGCGUGCUGCAAGUAGACGAUAUGCACUGGCCCGGGAUGGGCUCCGAGAUCGUCUUUGAGGUUUACAAGCAGCAGCCAAAACAUUUCGUCAGGGUGUUGUACGGUGGGCAGGUGCUAAAGUCCAGUUCACCCAUGCUAAAGGGAAACACCAAAGGGAUGAUACCACUCCAACAAAUCAUGGGGUAUCUAGGUGGCCUCAUCGGAUUACGAGAAAAAGACGGGAAAAUGAUGCACGAUAUCAAGGAGAUGUGCAACACCCCUAUUACCUACAAUAAGUGA